AGAUACCUAUUUGGUAAAAACAGUACAGUUGUAAAGAAAUUCAAAACAAAUUUUAGCAGAAAAGAUGUCCAAAAAUUGCUGAGAGAAAUUCCACAGAUAAAUUACCCCAUUUUGUAUGCCCCACUAGGAGUGGUACUUCGUCUGAGCAACAUUUUCGCAUUCAUGUUAUCUCUAAACGUGUUCAAGUUGGUAAAGAAUGAACAUAGGACUGCUAUGACUGACAUCACUGAUAAUAUAUGCUCGAAGAUAUUUUUGCUAAAUGCGAUAAAUGACGUGGUUAGAAAAAUACCUGAGGAAGCUCCUCAGUUGUGUAAAAUUUCCCUUUUUUGCGUGACCCAAUUUUGUAUACAGUUUAUUUUUUCCCGAGUAACUGCUUUUCUGUUUUACGCGGAGGAGAGGGAUGUCUUAAGGGGUGAGGGUGAUAACGGACGAGUGCAGGUGGAAAAAGAAGGUCAGGGGAAGAUCCACAUGGACGGGGAAAGGGACCACGUUGCUCCAUCCGCAGGGGUCACUCCACAAGAAGAACAGGAGAGAAAGAAGCCCACAAUAGCUACUGACCUGAAUUGCCACAAAACAACCAAGCAUGAGGAAGAAGCAGGAAAGACACAAAAAAUUAACAUGCUACAGCACAUGUGCGUGCUUAACCAGUCCGGACUGAUACCAAUAUAUGUGUACAACCACCUGUCGAAAAAGUUCCAUUUUGAAGAGAAAAAUAUCUCCCUGUUUGUUAACUGUUAUGUGCUAAUUAGCGGAAUUUUAUCGAAAAUUUAUGUAAAAUUUUUUGUAAAAAAAAAAAAAGACGACAUAUCAAGCGAUGAGAUGAAGGGCAUCUGUCUAUCAUCCAUGUUCAGUCCCAUUUUGAAGAAUUCCUAUUUUUGCUUCCUUUGCAUUUCGAUUUUUUUCAAAAUUUUUAACAAAGCUAAUGCAUUUUAUGAGCAAUCCAUCAAACAGUCAACCAUUAUAUUCAACACCAUGCUGACUCCAUCUGUGUAUGUAAUCCUGUCGAAUAUUUUGUAUGAAGGAAUUAGAUUACCUUCUCCUGUAUCUUAUAAAGACCUUUUAUUCGUGUUGCAAAAUAAAUAUCUUUUUUUUCCUUCCCUCGUUUGGGCCAUGCUGCACGUGAGCAAUCGCUACGGUGUUUUUAAGUUUGACAAAAACUUACAGCUCUACUUCCUCGUCCAAGCCAUGACCCCCCCAAACUACAACCUCUUCCAUUUGGCGAAAAAUUAUGGAGGACCAACUAGCAUUAGGAAAACCCUGAGCGUGUCUUACCCCCUGUAUCUCGUAGCCUUAUACUUUUAUGCCUUAGCCCUGUUUAGUUAUUUUCGGAAUUGA